UAAUGGCGUCUUGGCAGAGUCUGUACGCGUGCAGACGCUUCCUCCCUCACAGAAUCAUCGUCAACCUCUCGCUCCUUUGAUGCUUAGCUGAGCUCGAUCAGGUGGCUGGCCUCUCGCCACUCUGACUUCAUCGCGAGAUUAAAACCCUCCUAUGGCCAUCUUCUUGGAUGGUACGUAUUUGCCGGUUGAGGAAGAGAGGCCGAGAGGCGACUUCUAGAUGAGAUCUCUUCUUCCCCCUCUUAUUUCUUCCUCGCCACUACUAUCUCCAGCUACGGCGCCACGAUACGACCCCGGUAGAGUCCACUCUGUACGUGGCGGCAGUGAGGCCGUCACGGUCUCAGCCCAUGGACGCGAUGGCGAGCGGUGACAGUCUCCUACUGAUCCUUGCCACCACAGUAUCACUGCUCGUCGCUGCUGCCGUUUGGUUCAGGCGUGGCCGGGGACACGGCGAUGCCGCGCCCAGCCCGCAGUCGUACCCGCUGCUGGGCCACCUCCACCUGAUCGGCAAGCCGCUGCACCGCUCGCUGGCCGCGCUCGCCGCCGCGCACGGCGGCGCAGGGGGGCCGGCGCCGCUCCUGUCUCUGCGCCUGGGCGCUCGGCGCGCGCUGCUGGUGUCGGACCACGACGUCGCCGAGGAGUGCUUCACGGCGCAGGACGCCGCGCUGGCGGGCAAGCCGCGGUUGCUGGCCGGGGAGCGGCUCGGGUCCGGGUGCACCACGCUCACCUGGGCGCCCCACGGCGACCAUUGGCGCGCCCUGCGCCGGUUCUUCGCCGUCGAGCUCUUCUCGGCGUCCCGCCUCGCGGCGCGCGGCGCCGACCGCCGCGCCGAGGCCGCCGCGCUCGUCGGGAGACAGCUCCGCCAAGCCGUAGACGCGGCCCCCAGCGCCGCGGCGACGCUCCGGCCCAGGCUCUUCGAGCUGGUGCUCAACGUGAUGUUGCGCACGCUCACCGGCGCGCCCAUGCACGCCGGCAACGUGCGCAGGUUCCAGGAGACCAUCGAGGAGAGCUUCGCGGUGAUCGGCGCGCCCAGCAUCGGGGACUUCUUCCCGGCGCUGCGCUGGGUGGACCGCCUGCGCGGCGUCGACGCGGCGCUAGUGCGCCUUCAGGGGAAACGCGACGCGUUCGUCGCCGACCUCGUCGACAACCAACGGCGAACGCGCGACGCCGGUGGUGGCCGAGACAUGGAGAAGAAAAGCAUCAUUGACGAGCUCCUCUCGUUUCAAGAAAUUGAUCCCAAAUACUACACUGACACUGUCAUCAAAGGCAUUGUCUUGAUAUUACUCACUGCCGGGACCGAACCGUCGGCGCUAACCAUCGAAUGGGCAAUGGCGCUGCUGCUAAGACACCCGGAAGCGAUGCGUAAGGUGAGGGCUGAGAUAGACACCAAUGUUGGCACCGCACGGAUGGUGGAGGAGUCGGACAUCACAAACCUUCCAUAUUUGCAAUGCGUGGUUAAGGAGACCCUCCGGCUAUACCCCGUCGCACCGAUCAUCCCGGCACAUGAGGCCAUGGAGGACUGCACCGUCAGUGGGCUCGACGUUCGCCGCGGCACGAUGAUCCUCGUGAACGCUUGGGCAAUCCUCCGGGAUCCCAAUCUCUGGGACGCACCCGAGGAGUUCAGGCCUAAGAGAUUCUUGGACGCCGGGGCGGUGAACACGGUCACCACGCCCCUGCUACCAUUCGGGCUUGGACGGAGGCGGUGCCCCGGCGAGGGACUGGCGAUGCGUCUCGUUAGCUUGACACUGGCAGUGCUCAUGCAAUACUUUGAGUGGGAUGUCGAUGAAGCUGGUGUGAUUGACAUGUCUGAAGGUGGUGGGUUGUCCAUGCCGAUGGCGACACCAUUGUCAGCUGUCUGCCAACCCCGGAAGCUUCAAACAUAAACAUGGUGAGAUGAAGAAUAAAUAGAAUUUGAUGGUACCAAAUAAGAUAAUCGAUUUUGGAUGAGAAGAGUGAUGCCAGGUGGAUAUGCACCAGCAGUUCUUGUCUUCCUGCAAGUCCUGUAUCCUCCUGUAUGCCAGGUGGCAAUUCUCUCCCACUUCAAUUUCAUCCACCAACACUACCCUAUGUUCAAGUUUGUUUA